AUGCUCAUUGGAGAAGCCUUAGUUUGGUGGGAAGCGACAUUUGAAGCUAUUAACGAGUAUGACCAGGAGAAUUUAUCUUGGGAGAUGUUUAAAAUCCGCUUUCUAGGAAAAUAUUGUCCUCUAGAUAUGAGGAGAAGACUGGAGAAGGAGUUCCUCGAGCUUAAGCAGGGAGGAAUGACUGUGACCGAAUAUGAAACUCAAUUUAAUCAAAGGGCACGGUUUGCUGCGAAGUAUAUCCCGACUGAAGACGAUAAAAGUCAGUUAUUCAUGGAAGGGUUACGGUAUGAAAUCCGUGAUUUUGUGAUCAACCGGGAUAUUCUAUCAUUCGAUAAAGCUGUUGAGUAUGCCCGAAAGCGCGAGCAUGACUUAGAGAUACGUGGUGCCACUCUUUCUGUCCCGAAGCAUCCACGUGUUGAUCGAACUAUUUCUGUUUCAACUAUUCCAUCGGCUCAAUCUGAUCCUAGCACAAAAGUACAAUCUCAGAGCGCCUUUCGUGGUCGCGGUCGGCCACAAUCUUUUUCUCUUCAGUCGAGAGCUCCACCACCGUGCCAGAAAUGUGGAAAGAGCCACCAGGGUCAAUGCAGGGUAGGAAAAGGACCGGUGAUUUGCUAUGGAUGCGGAGAAACAGCCAAAUGGUGGGAAGCCAAGCUUCCGUUCAACAACCGGUGGGCACUUCUGUUGGAUUAG